AUGCAGCGCCACGAACAAGUUAUUCAACUUUCAGAUCAUGUCAAAAAUAAACUUAAAUCUUAUGGUUAUUCACCAAUACCCGCACCACUAAUAAAUCAACCUGAUGAAUUUUUAGAUUCCAAUGAUGAUUAUAACUCCGUAUUCUUGUCACCGCCAGAAACUGCAAAUCGUGAACAUCGUGAUACAUUUACAAUCUAUGAAAUGACACAACCAUCCGGAUUACUUUUUACCGAUAAAAAAUUCAGUCAUAAUGGCAAUGUUUCUGUUCUUCAAGAAAAUUAUAGAAAACAAAAAGAAUGUCAAGAAUGUAUUCGUCGUUAUCAUAAACUGUUGUUUGAACAUCAACAAUCAAUACGACUAUACGAAGAAAAUAAAAAAUUAAAUGAACAACUGCGUUUAUCUGUUCUACUCAAUCAUCAAUAUAAAGAAGAUAUUCAACGAUUGAAAUAUUACUUAAGAAAAAUGAAUUCUCAUCUUUGUGAUUAUCAAAUUAAUUUUAAACAACUGCAACAAAAAAUUGUGUCCGAGAAGAAAAUAAAUGAAGAAAAAAAAGUCGAAAUAGACGAUGACGACCAGGAUAUGACAAUUGACCAUUUAAAGCGCCUUCAAUACGAAAUACAAAUGUAUAAUCGCUUAGUAGCUGCCAAACAAGAAAAAGAAGAAAAAGAAUUACAAAAACAAAUUGUUUUUUUGCUUUGA